CAAGAUGAAGUGGAGUUGUCACUCCAUGUUUUCUACAUGAAGCAGGGGGCGGAUUCCCCUGACAAAACUGAGUAAGUCUAAUCGGUAGACCGUCCGCCUGUUCUCUGUAGUAUUCGAUCAGCGAAUCCAAACCCUCAAAACUCGGUCCAUCGUCUAUGGAAUAAUAAAUCCCUCCGCGAGACUGUAUUUGAAAAUGAAGCGCCUGAUUUCCAUGCCAUAGGGACAAAACAAAGUUGUCUUCUGAUCCACCAGCUUUAUUUCUGACAAGGAACAGUCCCUCUUGUCUGCCAUUCUGAAGCAAGAUUUCAAUCGCUUGAUCCCGUGUGAUUCGACCGUGAUACCACGACGCGUCGUCAAGAGAAGCGAACAUUUUCCCCACCGUUCCAACCAUCUAUGAUGGAAGACAUUCCGUGAGAGAGAAUUUCCGGAGUUGAGUACUCGAGUCUCUCCCUGAGAAGAGCCAAAUAAAUGAGGGAAACGACAGUUGAGCCAAAUAACCUACGAGCUUACCAAUCAGCGGUCUUUGUCGAAAAGAAUGCAUAAAGAAAAACUCGUUACUAUGGAAACAGUGCUCAAUCAAAAUGGUGGACAGUCCUGAAUGAAAGGUCUUUGCUUGGAACGAUCUGAAUUUUAGACCUAUAAUUCAAAAGCCAUGUCCUCUGCAGGCACGACAAAGAAAGUUCCGCCUGUUAUUCGCACGGUGGUGCCAGGAAAUCGAACACUCGAUCAAAUUUACGAAGACGAAGCUCGCGAAAUUGUCGACGAAGCGAUCGAAAAUGCUCGACGUCGUAUGGCUGAUUAUGUUGGCGAUGAUGGAAGGGAAGGAGAAGCUCCUGCUCAGCAGGAUCAGCCGAUAAUAGAUCCUGAGACAGGUUAUGAGAUACCGAACAUCAAAUGGAUGACGGCAGAUAACUUCACAGUUGCAGGGGGAUUAGAAAAAAUUGAGGAAUUCAUCCAGACAUGGGAACGUGAUGGUAGCUGGUUAUACUGUAUUGACUUUUUAAGAGAGGAAGAGCACCCUUACAGCUGGCGAUAUAGGUAUGCCGUCAAGUGGAGUAUACCAACCAGGAGAAGACCAAUUCCCAGGGCAACUGCUUCUGUUUAUAUAACCAUUGAAGUUAGCAAAUUCAAGCCAAAGACAUUCCCAGUGGAAGUGUAUUAUAUUUUUGAGACACAUCAUCUUGUCCAUAGGCCUGGUAGAACAAGGUUUCGAGAGAAGUGGUUGAAAGAUAUUAUUGAAAGCAAGAUUCAACUGAUGGGUGCAGUAGAAUUCUGAUCCAUUAUGGGGUUAUUUCCCAGGCAGUUAGAAAUGUGAAAAUCACACCUUUUAGAAAUAAUGAAUUGCUUGAGAAGAAGAGGCCUAAAUUUGAAGCUGAUGUAUAAAAUCCUGAUUGGCAGGCUUUACUCUUCUUACUAAACGGAGAAAUUAAUAGUUUUGUUGAAGACAUUUUGGGCAUUAUUUAUCAUUUGUUUUAGUGUAAUAACAGCAUUAACCCUUGAUGUUAUUUAAAUAUAGCAGUUAAUACUUUAAGUACACUCAGUCAUGUCAAAAACCAAUCUGUAAAUACUGUUUAAUACAAAAUUUUUCUCAAUAUGAACUUGUAAUCACACAGUGAAUCUUCUUUUGCGCUAAAAUCGCGAUAAUCCCCUAAACAUCAAUAAUGAUUUGUAAUACAGAUUUUGCAAAUUGCUCCCAUGAGGUUGUUUAUUUUCAUAAGAAUUCACAACUGAAUUAAUUUCUGCUGGGGUAUGGCACAUAUUCAACAAACAAUUAGUAAAAAGAGUUAGUAGACUUUCACUUGUGUAUAUAGGGCUAUAAAGAAACGAACGAACAAACAGACAUAACACGCUGAAAUCGAUUGUAUCAGUGUUUAUCACCUGUAUAAAAUUCCAGGUCAUUACUGUACAGAUGUAUUGAGAUUUAAUUGUAGGUCUCUUGUAAAUUUGAGAGGAACUUAUUAAGAAAAAAACACUUUUUGUACAAUUUGGUAAGAAUUUAUUAGGCCCUGUGUCCUGGUAUGCGUUUACAUCCGUAAACGGUGGUCUUUUUCGUGUGUGUGAUUAGAAAUCCGUCCACACUUAAAAGAAGUUAACGAUCUCUUUAACUCUUUAACUCCCAAGAUCUGAUUGUUAAUUCUCCCCUCUAGCUGCUACACAUUUCCUUGUAAAUUAGUUAUGAGAAAUUGAUGCUAGAUCAAGAUAGCAGCUACUACCUGAUAAGUUUGAAUAUUCUCUUUACCUGUUUGCUGAAGAAUGUAUGGAUAUUGUAGGGAGAAGUUUUAUGUUAAUCACUACUGGGAGUUAAAGGGUUAAACUGAUAUUUUCAAAAACGACUGCCACCAAAGUGCAUAUUUUUGUUAAUGUAUUCUCUUCUUGUAUUCUCGUGUGAACGACACAACUUGUAAACGCUUACGUCAAAGGUCGUAACUCCUUAAACUGACCGGCUUCAAAUUUUUAUUAUCCAUAUCAACCGUGGGUUGGUAUUAGUAUCUACUAAAACAUUAAUGGCGUUAAAUAUGCGAUCUGAUUGGCUACUCAACAUACGAAUAUUCUCUGCCAUUCACCUCCGAGCAAUUAACUCGCGCGGGAUUUGUGCCCGAAGAUAUGUUAAUCAUUGAGGGAAUAACUGAAAUUAGUUAAAAUCAUAUUUUUGUACUAUAUUAUCUCACUGUUUUAGAAUAUAUUAGUAAAAAAAGAACUAUUUACCUCAGAGGAAAAGAUUACUAAAUGCUGAUUGGCUGUGACAAUGCAUUUUCAUUAAUUUUUGGUAAUUUUAUUUGUUGAAAUACAUAAAACGCGAACUACAGCCUGAGAGCUAGGAAAAUCAGGAAAAUUGGAAAUGGCACGACUGAAGCAAAAUAUCUCUGGCUCAACCGUGUACACAUGCUAAGACGAAAUUGAAUGGAAACUCUGGUUCCCAUGCGGCCUUGUUUAUUUUGCGACUUUAAAAUCGUUGAAAUGUAGGGGAGGGGGGG